CCGAGUCGCUCGCGGCCAAUUAUUCAACUGCGGUUCACUGGCGACAGUGCUGUCGCGCGCGGCUAGAAAAGUAAUUAAUCUCAACGGACGAAACUCACUGCCGCGGCCAGUCGUGCGCGGGAAGCCAUACCGACACAGGUCAUUUGAUUUGUAUCGAUAUGACAACGCCCAGGCAGUAUGAUACGGAGUUGUUCAUUUUGGAAAUAGAGGGACGACCAGCACUGUGGAACAGCACUUUAAAGGAGUACAGUGAUAAAAAUUUAAGAAAAGCUAUGUGGGAAGAAAUAGUGCACAAAUUUGGAGAGGAACUUGAUCUGGAAGAAAAAAAGAAACUUGGUGUACAGCUACAAAAGAAGUGGAAAAACAUACGGGACUGUUUUUUCAGAGAAAUAAGACGGCUGAAAAAUGUACGCAGUGGUGGAGCAGCUCCAAAAAGAAAUACUUAUAUAUAUUUUGACCAACUUCAAUUUCUUAAGGUGCUAACAGAAUGUGGCCCAACUGCUUCUAAUAUUGAGCGUGCUAUUGAGCCAAAAGCAGCGGAAAUCUCAGAAACUCAAUCAUCUCAAGCUUACCGUCCCCCUCAAAAGAAAAAACGUACUGAUGAUGCGGUAGGUAUGGAAAUGGUGAAUGUUUUAAAAGCAAACAUUCAAUCCAGAGAAGAAAGCGAACGCCAUGAUUCUGACAAACUAUUUUUAUUGUCACUGUUGGAUGAUUUCAAAAAAAUACCACAUUGUUCCAAAAGUGGUGCAAAAAUUGAAAUGAUCAACUUGGUUCAAAAAUAUCAACCUCCACUUGCUUCCUCUGCAUGCCAUUCCCAACAUGAGACUUAUUCCAAACCACAAAGGGCUGCUUACGACAAAGCUACUGUCCACAGCAAAUCACACCAUUAACGAGGUUACUACUCCAUCUCAUAUCCAGACAGGCCAUCAUCAAGCAACUACUAUGAUCAUUCUACUACAUCUCCAGAUAAUAUGUCACAAGACUCCGACCACACCGAGUUUUUACUCUGUAAAAGAAGUAAAAUAAAUUGUGCUUACCUUAAAGUGACCAUGAGUUUUUCUUCCGGGCGAAUGCUCUGACAAAAAUUUGUAU